AUGGAAACAGAACAACUUAAGAAGCUGUGCUGUUGCGUAUUAGGUUUCUUCCUCACCCAGCUGGCAGUCAUAGUCCUCUUCACAUAUUUCCUAAUAUGGCUCCUCCUCCGUCCCUCAAUACCUCAGUUUAUUCUCCAAGACGCCAGCGUUGAGACUUUCAACUUCUCCUCGUCCACUGACUCGCUGACCUCCAGCUUCCAAAUCACUCUCUACUCAAAGAACCCCAACAGCCUUGCCGGAAUAUACUACGAUAAUCUCCAAGUCUUCGCUACGUACCAAGGCCAGGAAAUCACACUGCGAACUCCACUUCCUCCAACAUACCUACACCACAACGAAGAUUCUGUUUGGCCACUUUCGCUGAUAGGUGAUAAUAUGGCAGUUGCACCGAAUAUCGAAAAUUCAUUGACACAAGACCAGAUGGCUGGCAUUGUAACGAUCAGUAUUGAGGUCGAGGGAAACAUUAGAUGGAAGGUGGGCUCAUCUGCGUCUGGCAAGAGUAUUCAACUAAAUGUGAAUUGCCCUCUUGAUAUAACAUAUGGAAGCAGAGAUAACAAUGGUUCUGUUGCACCAGUAAUUGAUAAUUAUCAGCUGGUCGAAAGCUGUAAUGUGGAGUAUUGA